GUGCCGGGGAGCGAGGCUAAAGCCCGAGUGUUUGUGAUGCCUAAUCUGCCGUCGUUUUAUUAUAAACUGAGCUCAACCUUGAUCGCAGGAGAAGGAAACGUAGGCCUGAAUAACACUGAGAGCAGCUUUGCCCAGAGAAGGAGCUUGGUUUGGGUAUAGAAUCAGUCUGAAAGAGUGACAAGGGUGGAAGAAGUCCAGAGCAGCCCUACGGCUUAACGACAAGGAAGAUGUUGAGAAAUGUUUCGGAAGGGAAAGAAACGACACAGCAGUAGCAGUUCUCAAGGCAGUGAAAUCAGCACAAAAAGCAAGUCAGUAGAUUCCAGUUUGGGUGGCCUUUCUAGAUCUAGUACAGUGGCUAGCCUUGAUACAGAUUCCACAAAGAGUUCAGGUCAGAGUAAUAGUAACUUUGACACCUGUAAUGAAUUUCGAGUGAAGUAUUUGGGAGCUAUUGAAAACUUAAAAGCUGGUUCCAUUGAAUGUCUCCAAGGACCACAAGAUUUGAUUAAUUACAUUGACUUGGCACAGCAAUACGGAAAGCUACCAUUUACACCAUCAGAAGAGGAGAGUAUCUUGUGUGUUUCCAAAUACGGUAUCAAAGUGGCAUCCUCUGAUCAAAUUGACAUUUUGCAUAGGCAUCCACUGUAUUUAAUAGUGCGAGUGAUCUGUUAUGAUGAUGGGCUCGGAAUGGGAAAAAGCCUUCUUGCUAUAAAAACCACUGAUGCAAACCAGACAGAAUACAACAUCUGCCUAUAUCAAUGCAGUAGCUUGGAACAAGCUCAAACAAUCUGCAAAGUCCUAUCCACAGCUUUUGAUUCAGCAAUUUUGUCAGAUAAAUCAUAAUGAUUGCCUAAAUGGUAACCUGACUUUUAAUAUCUGUUGAAUUACAACUGCUGCUGUUGUCUAUGAAGGAAUGGAAUAGUUUGCAGCUUCUGAGACUUGCAGUUGCCAGCAUUUCAAUGUUUGCAGUAAAAUAAUGGACUUGCACAACAAUAACCCCUUUUUUGUUAAUGUAGUACAUCAUCUUCAAUUCAGAGUGAUUGUAGUAUGAAUUACCUGUUUUGUUCGUGAAGUAUAUAUUCUUUAUCAAAGAAAAGAAUAAGUCACUGAAAUGUUAACUAAGCCUGUACCAACUGUGAAGAAUGUUUUGUAUAUAAAUAUUUCUUAUUAAAUAUAGAAUUAAUAAUUACAUUUUCAUAGAGCUUUGGUAAUCUUAGAUCAUGUCCCAUUGGAGGGUACUUUAGCAUUAGCAGUAAUAGUUAAAUGUAUAUUAAAUACUGUAUUUUCAAGGCAAAAAUAAUAUAGGUCAAUGUUUAUCAAAGUAAAUAGUA